AUGUCUUUUUUCUGGGGACUUAUCGCUGCAUUAGCAGGGAAUUCAAUUAUCGGUUUAGGAAAUUGUCUACAAAAGUAUGCGCUAACGCGUGGUGAAUCACGAUUUAAAACAUCAUCAAAUCAAGAUGAUACACAUACUCAGCCGCUUCUACCGACUACUUCGCCCGUUCCAGUAACUUAUUCAAGGUUUAAAGAUCGAACAUGGUUUAUUGGAAUUUCUUUAGUUUAUCUAGGCGAGUUAUGUGGAAAUUGGGUUGCUCUUUCACUUAUACCCGCGUCAGUUGUCACCCCUCUUGGAAUUCUAGGAGUUGUUGUAAAUGCUAUACUUGCAAAAUUUUUAUUAUAUGAACAAAUUAGCUUUCGUCAAACCAAAGGAUAUAUCUGGAUCCUUAUUGGUGUUCUUUUAACGAUCCUAUUCUCUGCGACAUCAACGAAUAGUAUCGAAAAUCAAUUAUCGACUACUUCCAAAUUAUUCGCGUAUAUGACUCAGUUUCAAGUAAUUCUUUGGCUUAUUACAAUACUUGUGGCUCAAUGCAUCUUAUUUAUGAUGGUGCGCGCCAAAAAGGGAAAAUCAUCAUUGGUCCUCUACGUGAUCAUGACGGCAGGAUUUGGAUCAUUGACUGUAGUGGCAUCAAAAUUUUUUGCACUUUUGUUAAAGGUUUGGGUGUUUGCUCCUUCCGAUGGAAAUAAACCGAACUUGGAAGAUAAGAUCAUACCCGCCAUCCUUGAUGAUGGAUCAUCAAUUGCUUUAAUAAUUUCUUUCAUGGCAAUAAUAUUUAUAUUGAUCAUUGGUAUAAUUGGCCAAGAGACUUGUAAACAAUUUGCAUUAAGUAAAUAUCGAGUCACACAAUUCCAACCAAUGUUCUACGCAUCACAUGUAACAUUUGUCGCUAUGAGUGGUAUGAUCGUAUUUAAAGAAGUUGGAUCAUGGCGGUCCGUUGUUGGUUUUUGUUGUGGAAUCAUAGUGAUCGUUAGGGGUGCAUCCAACAAGAACAUCCAAUAUGAUGAUGACAGUGACGGGAUUAUUAGUGAUAAUGAUGAAACAAUACCCACUGAAAUAGAUUCUUUAGUACCGGAAAUUUUGCAAAAUUCUAAUAAUCCGAGACAUUACGGUGCUUUGGUGUGA